GUCAGGGACGCGCAGGGGCGCGCGCAGCUGUUGAGGACGCGCUUCUGAGGUCGCGCGCGCGGGCAACCAGACUGAGAGUGGAAACCGCAGGCGCCCGAGGGAGUAACGCGUGGAGCAUGAAGAGGCAGGGGGCCUCCUCUGAGAGGAAACGGGCGCGGAUCCCGUCUGGGAAGGCCGGAGCAGCGAAUGGAUUUCUCAUGGAAGUGUGUGUUGAUUCAGUUGAGUCAGCUGUGAAUGCAGAAAGAGGAGGUGCUGGUCGGAUUGAAUUAUGCUCUAGUUUAUUGGAGGGAGGAACCACACCCAGCAUGGGUGUCCUUCAAGUAGUGAAGCAGAGUGUCCAGAUCCCGGUUUUUGUGAUGAUUCGACCACGUGGAGGUGAUUUUUUAUAUUCAGAUCGUGAAAUUGAGGUGAUGAAGGCUGACAUUCGUCUUGCCAAGCUCUAUGGUGCUGAUGGUUUGGUGUUUGGGGCAUUGACUGAAGAUGGACACAUUGACAAGGAGCUGUGCAUGUCCCUUAUAGCUAUAUGCCGUCCUCAGCCAGUCACUUUCCACCGUGCCUUUGACAUGGUUCAAGAUCCAAUGGCAGCUCUAGAGACUCUCUUAACCUUGGGAUUUGAACGAGUAUUGACCAGUGGAUGUGACAGUUCAGCACUAGAAGGGCUACCCCUAAUAAAGCGACUCAUUGAUCAGGCAAAAGGCAGAAUUGUGGUAAUGCCAGCGGGUGGCAUAACAGACAGAAAUCUACAAAGGAUCCUUGAAGGUUCAGGUGCUACUGAAUUCCACUGUUCUGCUCGGUCUGCUAGGGACUCGGGGAUGAAGUUUCGAAAUUCAUCUGUUGCCAUGGGAGCCUCACUUUGUAACUCAGAAUAUUCUCUAAAGGUAACAGAUGUGACCAAAGUAAGGACUUUGAAUGCUAUUGCAAAGAACAUCCUUGUUUAGCCAGACUUCUCUGAGAGAUAUGGAUAUCACAGGAUGAAGGUAGAAGUAUAAUCUACAAUUCUCUGUGAAGCUUUAACCUUCUCUGGCCAGGACAAUCACAAUCUUUAAGUUUUACGUGGCCAUAGAGAAUGUUUCCAGGAAAAGAAAGAACUUGAAACACAGAUAUAAUCACUUUCUUUGCUUACUUUUACUAAUCAUUGCCACCAUCAUCGUGGUUAAAUCUGGCCUGUGCCUCUUCUAAAGACAGAAGUUUAGCCUAUUUUCAGUGGAAUUAAUUCAUAAACUGGGAAGAUUCAUCUGCAAGGUGUGAAUUCAGUAUUUUGCUUUUUCAUUUGUAAAAUAAAAAUUUCCAGUCUAU